CGCGCUGCCGCCGGGCUGGCGGGCGGACAGGCUCUGACGUCAGGCCGCCCUCCUGCUGCGUGAGGGCUGUGUUGUGCCGGGUUCGCGAGAGCGGCGGCCCGUCGAAGUCACCGCGAGUCUGAGGUUUUAAAUGACAUUAUCUAAAAAACGUGCAGAUGAUUCGAUGAUUUGGAAAUACUUUUUAUUGAAACAAAGGCAGGAAUAAGCAAGCAGAGAAGGAUGAGUCUGCUAAAACCUAGUGGGCUGAAAGCUCCCAGCAAGAUUGCCAAGCCUGCAAGUGCUGCAGUGAAGCAAGCAGCUUCUUCACAAUCAGCAACAUCCAUUGCUACCACAGACAAAACAUCAACUGGAGAGAAAUCUUCAAGUGCAUCCACCACGGAGGAUCAAGAAGAACACGUGGCUGACUUCAAUAUCGGAGAGCGCAUCUGGGUAAAUGGCAGUAAACCUGGAUACAUCCAGUUCCUUGGUGAGAGUCAGUUUGCCCCAGGACAGUGGGCUGGAAUUGUUUUGGAUGAACCAAUUGGUAAAAAUGAUGGUUCAGUUGCCGGUGUUCGAUAUUUCCAAUGUGAACCAUUGCAUGGGAUAUUUACAAGACCUUCAAAGUUGUCUCAAAGCCCAGUGAUAGAUGGUGAAGCUGGUGGUUCACAAACUCGUGCAGUGUCUGUUUCCAGAGCCACAUCACCAACAUCUACAUCAACCAGUGUUGCAACUGCUCCAUCUACACCAACUGCUCAAAAAGCUGCAUCAGGUGGACCUCAGGAACCUGCAGCCAUGUCCAACCUCUUAAAAACAGGAAGUGAAUCUGUGUCAAACCUCUCAGAAGCUGGUUCAGUUAAGAAAGGGGAACGCGAGUUAAAGAUUGGAGACCGGGUUCUGGUUGGUGGUACGAAAGCCGGAGUAGUGCGCUUCUUGGGAGAGACGGACUUUGCUAAGGGGGAAUGGUGCGGAGUCGAACUGGAUGAACCUCUUGGAAAGAAUGAUGGAGCUGUGGCUGGAACCAGAUAUUUUCAGUGCCAGACCAAGUAUGGUCUGUUUGCACCAGUUCAUAAGGUUACCAGAAUUGGAUUUCCCUCGACGACACCAGCUAAAGCCAAGACAUCUGUACGAAAAGUAGUCACCACCCCAUCAAAUCUCAAACGAAGUCCUAGUGCAUCAUCCAUCAGCUCUUUAAGCUCUGUAGCAUCUUCCAUCAGUGGGAGACCGAGUCGAUCAGGAUUGCUAACAGAAACGUCCUCGCGUUAUGCAAGAAAAAUUUCAGGCACCACUGCAUUACAGGAGGCAUUAAAGGAAAAGCAGCAGCACAUUGAACAGCUACUGGCUGAACGAGACUUGGAAAGAGGAGAGGUUGCCAAGGCAACUAGCCACGUGGGAGAAAUUGAACAGGAGCUCACGUUACUUCGGACGGAUCACGAACAGAAUGUAUUGGAGAUGGAGGCGAAAAUGGACCAGUUACGAGCACUGGUGGAGGCUGCUGACAGAGAGAAGGUGGAGCUUUUGAACCAGCUAGAAGAAGAAAAAAGAAAAGUGGAAGAUCUACAGUUCCGUGUAGAGGAAGAGUCUAUUACCAAAGGUGAUUUAGAGACGCAGACCAAACUGGAGCAUGCCCGCAUUAAGGAGCUUGAACAGAGCCUGCUCUUUGAAAAGACCAAAGCUGAAAAACUUCAGAGAGAGUUAGAAGACACUAGGGUGGCCACUGUGUCUGAGAAGUCUCGGAUUAUGGAGUUAGAAAGGGAUCUAACGUCACGUACGAAAGAAGUCUCGGAGCUUCGACAAAGACUCGCAAGCGUAGAAGUUUCUGGUAAUGUGGAGAGUGCACCUUUGUUGGAAGACAUUUCCUGUAUGCGAGAGAAACUUGCAACGAUAAAUGAAGAGCAUCAAUGUGAACUUAAAACAUUGAAAGGAAAACUUGAAACCUCAGAGGAAGAUCACCAAAAGAUAGUUCAACGGCUGCAAGGUGCCAGUGAAAAGGUAUCCAAGGAGAAUGUGACUCUCAAAUCCAAACUAGAUCAAGCCAAUAUUGAAAACUCAGAGGUUGUUAGUCUAUGGAAAAGCAAGCUAGAGUCUUCAAUAGAAUCCCAUCAGAAAGCCAUGGAAGAACUCAAGUUUUCUUUCAGUAAAGGAGCAGAUUCCCAAACCACAGAGCUUCUAGAUCUGAAGAGUAAUUUUGAAAAGCUUAAAACAGACCAUCAAAUGGAACUUGAGAAUAUUAAAAUACAGCAAGAUUUUGAAAAAUCAAACUACCUAAAAAAAACUGAAGGUUUAAAAUCUCAGCUAUUAGAAGUCACUGCAGAAAAGGAGAAAGAUAUAGAUACUCUGAAGUUGCAACUGGAAUAUGCUACAAACCAACACCUGGUAGAAAGGGAAGAGACUUUGACAAAACUACAGGAGACCAAAGAGAAGGCAACGGAAUUGCACGUUUUACAGGCUAAGAGCACUGAACAGGCACAAACUGUAGAGGAACUAACAGCUAAAGUAGCAGCAGCAGAACAAAAGGUGAUGGGUUAUGAAUUGCUGCAAGAUGUUGAAGCUCAAGGUAGAGAGGAACUCAAAAGGCUUGAAGAGAAGCUUGCAGCGGUUCAGUCACAGUUGAAAAUAACUGAAGCUUUAAAGCUUUCCGAAGGGAGCAAGGUUAGUGAUUUGGCCAAACAGCUGGAGGAGCAGGAUCUGUCAGUUGUUAAUCUGAAGCAAAAUCUGACUUUAGUGAGCCAGGAGAAACAAAAUUUCGAGCAACAACUUCAGACGAUGAAAGAACACUUUGAUGGAGCAUCUGAUGCACAACACAAAUUGCAAGAGGCCUCACAAGAAACACUUGCAAAGCUCCUUGUGAAAGAAGAGCAAAACGCUUCUCUUUCUUCUGAGGUAGUGGAGCUCAAAUCUCAGUUUUCUGCUCUCGAGAGAAGAACUAAAGUUGACGAGGAAAGGGCAGAACAACUCUCUGAGGAUAAAACCAAACUUGCGAACACCAUCUCUGAGAUGAUGAAGUCUUCAGGGGACAACUCUGCCCAACUAACAAAGAUGAAUGAAGAGCUGAAACUCAAAGAAAGGAGGCAGGAUGAACUACAAGAUCUGCUUCAUCAAUCCAGUGAAAAGGUCGCUUGUUUACAGGAACAUUUGGAGCAAUCCACAAAUAAAGCAAAACAGAUGCAGGAAGAGCAGCAAAACAAAAAUCAGACUGAGCUUCAAACAUUACAGGAGAAAAUAACAGAUCUGCAGCAGCAGGUGGAAAUGCACAGUGCACACACUAAGGAACUGCAAAACAACCAUGAGAAAGUAGUUUCAGAAAUAAAUGUAAACCGUGAUACUUUAGUGAAGGACCUCAAGACAAGGUUGCAGGAAACCAAAGAAGCACUGAAGAUCUCUCAAGAGAAAAGUAAUCAAAGAGAAAAACUUGUAGAAGAACUACAGAAGCAAACGGAACAGGUCCAGUCUUUAACCAGUGAGCUAGCAUCAGCCAAAUCUCAGUAUGAGCAAAUAGCAGAGGAUGUGAGAGCUUUGAAGGGAGAUAAAGAACAGAUGAUCCAGCAAAACGGUGCACUAAAAUCUGAGAAAGAGUCCUUAUUUUCUGAACUUUCAGAGGUGAAAUUACAGUGUACCUCCCUGCAGAAAGAGCAGCAAGUGUUAGAAUCAAAGAAUGAGGAUCUCCAGUUGGAAAGAACAGCAGUUUUAAAAGAGAGGCAGGAUCUCGAGGGUACUCAGCAACAACUUUGUCUGGAAAAGGACGCUUUGGUCACAGAAAAAGACGACCUUUCCUUAGAAGCCAAACAUUUGCAGCAGCUCCUGGAAAAGUUAACCAAAGAAAAUGAGGAUCGCCAAGCCUCGCAGUCGGACCUGAGUAAACAGCUAGACAAUAUUCAGAUAAAAUGCAAAGCUGCUGAAAGUGAACUAGCCCAGCUGCAUCAUAAAAAGGAAGAGUUGUUAUCGGCCCACGGGGAAAUGAUUGCAGAAAGAGAGGAACUUGCAAAAGAAAAAGACAGAAUUAUCGAAAAUUUUCACAAGUUUCGUGAAGAGACAUCGGUUGCUCUGGAAAAGCGGGUGAAGGAAAGAGAUGUGCUGAUAGUGGAAAAAGAUUCUACUCUAUUGAAAUGCUCAGAGCUUGAAGCACAAUAUGAAACUUUAACAAAGGAGAAAAUUCUGCUGAAAUCGGCACAUGAUGAGGUGAUAUCUAAAAAUGAAACUCUUACAAAAGUAAAAGAUGAUCUUAGUUCAAGUUUGCAGAAGACUAUCCUUGAAAAUAAAUCUUUCAUUAUUUCAAAAGAUCAGCUGCAGAGUAGUCAUGAUCAAUUGAAGAAUGAGCUGGAAAAAUACAUGAAGGAAAAUGCAGAGCUCCAGGCUUCAAAAGCUAGCCAGUCAAAACUCUUGGAUGAGAUUAAGAAUAGCAGGGAGGUAACAGAUUCUGAACGUAUUCAACUGCUCCAGGAGAAGGAAGAGCAAACAACAUCUCUGAGACAACUAACUGUAGAAAGGGAUGAACUAGUUAAGGAAAAGAUGGAGCUGACUGCAAAGCUGCAGGAAUCCAUUGAGGAGGCAAAGCAGCUAAAUGAAGAGAGAGAUGCCCUGAAAUCUGAGAAAGAUUUGCUUUGGCUGAAGCAGUCGCAGCUAGAAACGCAAUGUGACUUGUUACAAAAGGAGAAGGCAACCUUGGAAUCAAAAAGCAACAUGCAAAUGGCAGAAAAUGAAUCUCUCUCGGGUGAGAUAGUCGAAUUUAAAUUGAGCCAACAGCAACUCAUCUCUGAAAUUGAAUACACAGUUACGGAAAAAGAUCAGCUCUUCGGCAACGUUGAGCUUUUAACGCAAAAGCUUGACGAGUCUGCCAAAGUAAAUGAAGAACUCCAAGCCUCAAAUUCGAGACUCACCACACAUUUGGAUGAAAUUCAGAAGAGCAAAAAUAUUGUGGAUUUAGAGAGACAUUCCUUGUUACAAGAAAAGGAAAAGCUGGUAGCUGAACUUGAGGCACAGUGCUCUGAAAAGGAGCAUCUUACUUGGCAGAGGGUGAAAUUAGAGGAAAAGUACAAUGUACUGAAUGAACAAGUGAGAGUACUUGAGAACCAACUAAUACAAGAAAGAGAUGCAGCAAAAAUGGAAAACGAGGCUCUGAAUGAGGCUCAUGCAGAACUUGAAAAUAAUGUCCACGUAUUGACAAAUGAAAUGGGUGUUCUUAAAGCUAAGCAUGACGAAUUGCUUUCAGAAAAUAAUGUGUUAAUAAAAGAAAAAGAGAGAUUUCAAGCUGAACAAAAGAAGUUUGCUGGUGAGAGGGAAGAUCAAGUAGCUGAGAAGAAUGACCUAAUGUCCACCAUUGAAGAGCUGAAGAAGAAGGUUGAUACAUUGAGCAAAGAAAAAGUAGAGCUCCAGGCUUCAGAAUCAAAUCUUUUGAAACUCUUGGACGGACUUCGCAGUUGUCAGGAGAUUUCUGAUUUGGAUCAAGUGAGGCUGCAGGGAGAAAAUGAUAAUUUGCUGGCAGCAGAGCUAAAACUUCAGACAGAAAAAGAAGAGCUAGUGAGGGAGAAUGGCGAGCUAACAGAGUCCCUCUGCAAGUUACAGAAAGAAGCUGCUCUUUCUGCUCAAGACAAGGGAGAAAUUGAAACAACCCUGCAGCAGCUAAUGUGUGACAAGGAAGAAUUGCUGAAACAUGAAGAGAAACUUGCUUCCAAAUUAAAAGAUCUCCAGGUUCAUCAGAAUAUUACUUUAUCAGAGAAGAUUGAGGCUUCGAGAAAAGCUGAAGAGGCUGAGCAGUCGUUAGAGAAGGUUAUGAAGGAGAAAAAUAUAUUGGACAAACAGAAGGAUAAAAGUUUGGCAGAAUUGGAAGAGUCCAAAUUAAAGAACCAGAAGCUUGAAAAUGAGCUGAAAGCUCUUAAGGACCAGAACAAUAAAUGCCAAGAAGACUUGAACCACUCAAAACAGCAGCUCAGCUCAGAGAAUAAGAGAAUAGGAAGCCUUUGCAAAGAAAUAGAGGAGCUGAAGCUGGCAGCAGCCCAGGAAUCCCAGCAGCUGGCAGCAGUAAAUGAGGAAAACAGCAAACUGGCAAGCGAGCUGGGUAGGAGCAAAGACGAAGUCACCAGCCAUCAUAAGCUCGAAGAAGAGCGAUCUGCACUUAAUAAUCAGCUACUAGAAAUGAAAAAGAGCUUGCCCAAUAACACUUUAAGAGAAUCUUUAUUAAAGAAAGACUUUGAAGACGACAAAAAUUCUUUACAGAAAUCCAUCGCUACUACCAGUGCCUUGAUCACAGAUAAAGACAAAGAAUUAGAGAAACUCAAGAAUGAGAUUGCUCUGCUGCGAAGUGAGAAUGUCAUGGCAAAGAAGUUGCAGUCAGUAGUUCAAUCAUUGGAAUCCGAUAAAUCAAAACUUGAACAAAAGGUACAGAGUCUGGAGAAGAAAAUCAACGAUAACCAAAGACAACUUGAUAACGUCACAUCCUCUCCAGAUGAACACGUUAUCGAAGAGCAAAGGGAAGAAAACGAUUCUGCUGAGAGCAAGCAAAUGAUUGAAUUCCUGAACUCCGUGAUAGUGGAUUUACAAAGAAAGAACGAACAACUGAAAGUACAACUAGAAAAACUGGCUGAAGCAUCUCUAAAUGGGAAUGUGGCUAAUGAUGUGAACAAUUUUGAAUGCUUGGAUGAGACACAAACAAAGAAGAAGCCACCUCCACGACUCUUCUGUGACAUAUGUGAUUGUUUUGACCUCCAUGACACUGAGGAUUGCCCCACACAAGCUCAGGUGUCUGAAUUUCCACCGCAUUCUACUUACCAUGGCAGUAGAAAAGAUGAUCGCUCCUAUUGUGACACCUGUGAGGUAUUUGGGCAUUGGACAAACAACUGCAAUGAUGAUGAGACUUUCUAAUGCGCCGCUCCAUCCUAGACAUUGGUGUAUUUCUUUGUAGAUCUACAGUUUUUAUUUUUCAUUUCUGCUUCAUGUCACUUUUCUCCUUUCAAUACUCUACUUCACAUUCUUAACUCCAUUUAUUAUAAUUCCAUGAUAAACUAACUUUGAAAAUAGAUUCUACAGAGCAACUAAUUUGAAUUAUGGUUUGAUGUACAAAACUCUAGCAUUUGAAAUUAUCUGCUUCUGAAUGUCAGACUUUGUAUAAAGAGUGUGAACAUUAUAUUGAUUUCUUACUGAAUGUAAAAUAUAUUGAAAUAUAUGUGGGGAAAUUAGGCUGAUAAACCUGUAUAUACCUUUGAUUUAUUUUGCCCAAAGUAUUUUACUCAGAAAUCAACAUGCAGAUAUGUUGAAUAUUUUUCUUUCAUUUCUAAGUUUGGGUCUUGAAAUGAAUGUAUAGUGUUACAAUUGUUGCCGGGAGAAGGUAUAUGUAAAGACAGUAUUAAUCCGAACACUGUGUGUACUAUGUCAACUUUAAUAAAUUAUUACCUUUCAUGUUU